AGUUCUCAUUUGCAAGCCAUUUGGUGCACCAACGUGUCUCCGGGAUGGGUUUGCCUCGUGCGAUGGCGAUGUCGUCAAGAGCCACCCUUUUUGCGCUGCUCAGCACUGUCUUAGUGCAGUACAGCAGCGCCGCCACUGCGGAUCUGCUCACCUCCGUGAAGACAGAGGUGGCCUCAGUGAAGACCAGCGUCGCGAGCUUCGCAACGAGCGUGGACAGCGCCAAGACCAUCGCGGAGUACCCAGGCCAGAUCAACACUGCCCGGCAGUGCAUGGCGACCCUCUUCCCGGUGUUGACCACCGGGCUGACGACCAUCGCGGCAGUGCCCUUCCCGGCACUGCAGACGGGGGCCAACGCUGCCAAAACCGUGGUGACUGCAGGGAAGAGCACUUUCGAGACAGCGACUUCGGCCAUUCCAACCAUUGCCUCGAGCUCCACCCAAGUGGCGAACCAGAUGGCCACGGUGAAGGGCACCGCUGACGGUCUGACCAAUGGCUUGGAUGCCUUCAACUUGAUAGUGGACAGAGGCCUCAAGAUGCUGGAGCAGGUCGGUUUGCUCCUGCACUUCGGGGCUGCCUUGGACGCCGUGAAAGCCAAGUUGCAGAGCCUCUUCGAAUCGCUGACUUCAGAGUUCCCGGAGCAGGUCACUGCGAAGGUGGUGAGCGCAAUGGCAGGAUGGACGGGCGCCACGCAACUGCAGACCCAGUUGGACAUGAUUGCACUUACGGCAGAUGUGGACAGCAAAGCCUUCGACACGGCGCCGCUCAUUGCCACGCUUACCACUUCAUCACGCACGGCCAUCGACGCGGCGCUGGCGGGGCUUUUGGACGUGUCAGCGCUGGUGGCCAACGCGACGUCCAUGGUAGAGGCCGAGGUCAAGAAAUCGCUGCGCGACAUCGCGCGGCUCUUUUCGCAGCUGGCCCAAGGCCUUACUGCCAACCAGACUGCCACGGCCAUGAUGGAUGACCUGCUGCUGCGACCCUUGGAUGAGGCAGUCACCGAGAUGAUGUCCUCCAUGGAGAAGGAGUACUUGGCCUGGCUGGACUUCUCCGAUGCCCAGAAGACCUCGCUGCAGAGCGCCCACGAGGGCGUGGACGUGGCUGCGGUCUUCACUGCUGUGCAGACUGCCCUUUCCAGCAAGGCCUCCGCGUUAGCGACCACCAUCUAUCCCACGGUCAUCGACCUGAUCAAGACCUCCGUCGCCUCGAUGGGCCAGACGGUGACCAACGAGCUUCUGUCGGACUGCGCGCCGCCAAAGAACCCCAUCGCCUGUGUCAAGGAGAAGGUUGAAGCGGCCAUGUCUAGCGCGAUGGCCACCUUCAAGGCGAGCGUGAUCACCAAGAUGCAGGAACACGGCUCGAGCAUCAUGAGCGAGGUCAUCACGGAGGCACAGGCAGCGACCAGCGUGACCCAGGCCAAGAUCGAAGCCAUGCUCAUGUCCAUGGCCUCCAUCCCCAACACCGGGCAAGACCUGGCUGCGGCGCUGCAGGCGCAGAUGAAGGUGAAGGUGGAGGCAGCAUUGGCAAGGUCCCAGGCGCGGGCGGACGAGCUCAUGGAGGCGCUGCCAAUGCCCCCGGGCCUGGCGGCGGUGGCGGGGCUGGUGGCCAACGCACCCAACUGGAAGACAGGCCUCCUGGCGGUCUUUGAAGCCGUGGUGGGGAACGGCAUCAUGAAGUCCCUGGAGGUUGCCAUCAGCACCGUGGUGAACACUGCAGUGACCACUAUCAAAGCCACGAGCCUCACGGAGCUGAAGGCCUCUCUGACCAGCUAUCUCACCGACAGCCUGGGCUUGUCUGCCAGUGUGGCUGCCAGCAAAGCGACAGAGUUGGAAACGAGCGCUUUGGGCUUCUGGAACCUCAUGCGCCUCGAUGAGCGGGUGAUCGAGCUCAGCCUGAUUCUGAAGGACUACGUGCUGAAGUGGGCCUUGGCCAAGAAGUCGGAGCUCUCAGCUGUGAUGGACAGCGCCUCCAGCUUCGACGUGGAAUCCGUGCUGGGCGGCGCCGCGGGCUCCAUCAACAGCCUGAAGGAAGGUAUCAAGACGGCCGGCCAGCCGUUGGCCGACGCCACCAGCACGCUGUCCAGCGCCGUGGACGGCUUGUCCCAGUGGAAGACCUCUGCAGAGUCGGUGCUCACAGCUUUGAACAGCGCCUGUACUCCGGCCAACCAGUUCAAGGACGCCCUGAAGAGCAUCACCGACUGGCUGGAUGCUGAGUACUGCCUGAACACGGUGCUCAGCUCGCUGGGCUGCAUAGGCGGCUAUGAUGUGGGCAUCGUGACGCUGCCGAGAAUCUGCGCGAAGGACUAUAUCUCCAAGUCUGCAUACUGUAUGGUGCCCAGCCAGCUGCUGCAGAUGGAAGUCUGUGUGAAGGUGCCGGAUCCUUGCAGCUGCCUGGAGACCGCGCUCGGAAGCAGCGCAAUGAACAUCUGCCUCGGCGCAUCCACGAUCAGCGACUUGGUGGCGACGGCCUUCAACUCUGUGAUCUCCGCGGCAGGGGUAGGCAACUGGGACUUGGGCAUCAACUUCGAGAUCCCCACGCUGCCAGAGCUCAACUUCCCGGACAUCGACAGCGUGGUCAACCUGAAUUUGCAGAUGCCCAACUUCGAGAUGCCCAAGCUGUUGGUCACCUCCGAUGGGACCAUCACCUUGCAGGGCUGGAUGGACCAAGGCUACAACAUCUUCACUCAGACAGUGGCGACCGCGGUGGGCAGGGUGCUUGAGCUUUUGAAGAGCGCGGUGGUGCUGGACAACGUUGCCGACGCCGCCAAUAUGAUCACCAAUGCAGAGUUCAAGGCAGCGCUGGAGGAAGGCUUUGCGAAGCAGAUCGGCGUGAAUGCCUCCCAGGUCUCCGUGGCCCUGUCGCUGGUCAACACCGCGCGGCGCCUGCAGAGCGGCGCCGGCUCCGUGCAGGCGGACUACACCGUCGAAGUGGCAGCCGACUCCUACGACGGCGAGUCCAGUGAUGAGGUUCAGUACAAGAUGGAGAAGGUGUCGUAUGACAAGACUGGGUUCCUGACUGAGGCCAAGACUGCCCUGCAGUCCAGGAGUCUGACCAGUCUGCAGAGCUCCACGGUGGGCUCCGUGUCGGUGGCCACAGAGCCGGAGGAGCAAGUGGCUGCGCAGAACCUGCAGAGUGGCGAGGCGCCCAGUGGGGCCUGGGCUGCCUGGAGCCCGCUGUACCUGCUGUUCUUCAGGGCUUUGCUGUGAGAAUUUGGCUGUGCAAAUGGAGCACGACGCGAGUCGCGUGCAGAACUGCCUGCAAAAGGAGAAUUAGGAAUCAGGAACGUUCCCCUCGA